UGUUUAGCUAAUCGGGAAAGAUUUGAACGGUCGUCUGUUCCCUUUAUAAACGAGAUUUUGCGAUAUUUUACAAACAUAUAACAUAACAAAGUCGAGAAAUGAUGCAAAUUUAAUAGUGUAGUUUCAUUGUGCACAAAGUUAAAGUGUUUUGGAUAUUAUAUACAUUCUUGCACAACAGUGUAUUUACCUGUGUGAAUAAGCACUUUUAUUUGUUUGUUCUAUGUUUACACUUUUUGUUAAAAAAUAUAUAUUACUUUAACUUUACGAGUGCGAAACAAAUUUCAUAACUUAAUAGAAAAGGACAGAUUAAAAAAGGCAAUUGUUGGCGUAUAGCUGAAUGGUUUAGCAAGCGACUAUGGGGAAAAUUAGAUACUGCUGCAGAGGCAGUGGGAAUAGCCCCGGAAUCAUGGACAUGACGCCACAAUUUGUGCUUAACACUUUACUUCUUGGAGAUUAUAAUGUCGGGAAAACUUCAAUUAUACACCUACUGACAGGAAUGAAAAAGUGCCCAAAGCUGGUUGAACGUUACUGUCCGCUGUCUGUAAGUGUACAACUUAAUCGGAAAGGGAAACACGUGCUUUUGAAAAUCACAGACACGGGAGGCCAAGAGAAGUUCCGAAGUCUAACAGCGUCUUAUUAUAGGGGAGCGCACGGAUGUCUCGUGCUGUUUGACGUAACAAAGGAGAGCACGUUCAACAAUCUCACUUACUGGCUUCAUGAUCUGAAAGAAUACUCCACACAUCCCGAAAUCUCGACAAUUCUCGUUGGCACAAAAUGCCACGUGACACCAGACGAGCGCGAGGUAUCAUACGAUCGCGCUCAAAAAUUCGCGGAAAGUGUUGGACUACCUUAUAUGGAAGUUAGCGCCGAAGAAGGCAAAAACGUGACUGAAGUUUUUGAAAGACUGGCAGAUAUUAUCAUAGAGAACCUCACAAAGGAUUCAACACCUAACAUGCAACAGCCCAACAGAGUUAUACUGUCAGAACAACAAAAACAGAAGAAACAGUGGUGUUCGUGCUGAAAAAGAACACAACAGCAAAAAACAAAAACACUUAUACGAAGUGGUUUAAUACAUUUUUAUACCUCAGGGAGAGGUUUUGUACACUGGUUUGAACCCUUCAGUUACAGAAUGCAUUUCUCGCUGUUGCUGAACGAUAAUCUCGUACAAACGAGAUUUUGUGAUAUCACUUUCUCAGAAAAAAAGACUGAGUUAAUAUAAAAGUGUUGCAGUAGCUGUUAACAGUAUAACAUAACUAUUUAAAAGAAAAAUGCUCUGAAAAUUCGAAAAAAUUAGAAUUCGAAUCAAUUCAAAGUAGCGAGUCGAGUCAAAAGAAACGUUUAACUGAUAAAGUUGACAUUUAAAUUCUGGUCGUCUUAGCUACGUGCAAGAUUAGCAUUCAUACAAGAAAUGUUUUAAAUUAAAAUGAUUAUUGAAACAAAAGUGUUUGGAGAUCUAGUCAGUGACGAAGCAAAAUAUGUGUGCUUGAAAACAUAAUCAUCCGGAGAUAGUCAGAUCGUUUUGAAAUAUCUAUGUGCAUUUAAUACAUGAAUGUAUUUUUGUCGGCCUUAUGUUUGUAUAUAUGUGUUGGGACAGUUAGUGACUGGAUACAAAAAGACUCUGUAUGUAAAUAUUUAGGAAACAUCUCUUAUUACAUUUUGAUCUCACAAUUAGAUUGUUUAAAGGACUUUCUUCUAUUCUGGAAAGAAAUAUUACGGAAAAAGAUUAUCUCAAAGACAACCUUUUUUCUGAUAAAGUUCUAAGGUUUUGGGUUCAUUUUCGCCACGAAUUAUUUACAAUGUGUACUACAAGUUUGCAUUUGCUAAAUAUACCUUGUAGUUAUUAAGAAAAUAUUGAAUGUAUCACUUUACAUCUAAUUACAUUUCAAAAUAAAUUUCAGCAACAUGGCCUGUACUGAAAAGUAUUCGACAUUUUAUUUUUGUCUUUUUCAAUUGUGUAUUUCAUACAGUUGCUACAAGUUUUUGCGCAAAUUUCAAAAUUUUAAACAGUCGUUUCAUUGAUCAACAUUGGAGGCCUUAUGUUAUUUACCGUGUACAGAAUUGGCAGAUUUUUUUUCCAGAAUUUGUUUUGUUUGUUGCUAUCUAUACUGUUAAUUAUGUUCCAUUGCGUUAUUUGUUUUGUAAAUAUAUAUCUAGUCCAUUCUUGCAGCCACAUCCUUUUUUCGUCACAUUUGUAAGGGACAUGUGCCCAGAAGAACAUGAUCUAUUAAACGUACUAUCUACAGUGAGAAACAAAUACAAUAUAUCAAUAAUCAAAAAAAGAAGUUGGUAUUCUACGAUUAUGAUGUACAUAUUAUUGCUAAUUCAUGUAAUAUUUGAGCCGUGCCAUGAGAAAAUCAACAUAGUGGGUUUGCGACCAGCAUGGAUCCAGACCAGCCUGCGCAUCCGCACAGUCUGUUCAGGCUCCAUGCUGUUCGCUUUUAAAGCCUAUUGGAAUUGAAGAAACUGUUAGCGAACAGCAUGGAUCCUGACCAGACUGCGCGGAUGCGCAGUCUGGUCUGGAUCCAUGCUGGUCGCACACCCACUAUGUUGGUUUUCUCAUGGCGCGGCUCAUUUCAUUCGCGUUACUCACGCUUUUCAGGGCUUUUUUUUUUUUACAAAUUUCAAAUCAUACACGAGUAUUAUAACUUAUAACUCACCGAAACACUGUAUAUUUAUUAAUCGAAGUCGCGUAUGAACGAGCACUAAUUGUACCAUGAAUUUGAAAUAUAUGAAUUAAGAUGGAGGAAUGCCCAUUUAUGCGAUUUGAAAAUAGAUAAUUUAUGUUAUAAGAUCCACAGUAGUCUGUAAAUUGUCUCCACAUUUUCUUAUAAAGAAUUUAAAUAUCAGUAACAUUUCAAUGUUUCUUGUACUGUUUGACUUACUGUUUAUUUGCCUAUGUUAAAAUCCAAAAAAUAAGAGAUUUAACAAUUGCUCCACGAUGAUUCUCUUUAUUUGUAUGAUACAUGUAACUCUGUUGUUUGUUCUGUUUCUGUUUGUUUUUCACUAUUUAUUUAACAUUUAUUUAAUAAAAGCUGAAAACAG